AUGGCAGCACAAAAUUCUUGGCCUAUUCUCCAAUUGGACGUCAAAUCAGCUUUUUUUCACGGUACAUUGGAAGAGCAGCAUUCUCUUUUUGUUAAAAUUGGGAAUGAGGGCCAAAUGCUUAUUGUUUGUUUGUAUGUAGACGAUCUUAUAUUUACCGGAAAUGACAGUGGGAUGUUUGAAAAAUUCAAAAAAUCUAUGAUGGCUGAAUUUGAGAUGUCAGACCUUGAAAAGAUGCAUUACUUUCUAGGCUUAGAGGUAGUGCAAUCAAAGAUGGAAUUUUUUGUUUGUCAAAAGAAAUAUGUGGGAGAAAUUUUGGAUAAAUUUCAGAUGAAGGAUUGUAAUCCUGCAUCCACACCAACUGAAUUUGGUUUAAAGCUUCACAAAGAUCUUGAAGGGAAAAAGGUGGAUAGCACUCUUUAUAGGCAAAUUGUUGGCAGCCUCAUAUACUUAACCGGAACAAGGCCAGAUAUAAUGUAUGCUGUAAGCCUUAUUAGCAAAUUUAUGGAGAGUCCAACUAAAAUGCACUUGCUUGCCGCCAAGAGAAUUCUUCGUUACUUGCAAGGGACGAAGGAUUUCGGUAUGUUUUUUAAAGCCAAUGAAAAGUCAGAAUUAAUUGGCUUUACAGAUAGUGAUUAUGCAGGAGACCAAGACAGCAGAAGGAGCACUUUAGGAUAUAUUUUUAUGCUUGGAACAGGACCUAUUUCAUGGUCUUCUAAGAAGCAGCCAAUUGUCACUUUGUCCAGUACAGAAGCGAAAUUUGUCACUGCUACGUCUUGUGCUUGUCAAGCCAUUUGGCUAAGGAGAAUUCUUGAAGAAUUGCAGCUUAAACAAGAAGGAGCUACCACAAUUUUCUGUGACAAUAGUUCAGCAAUAAAAUUGUCCAAAAAUCCAGUACUUCAUGGAAGGAGCAAGCAUAUUGAUGUGAAGUAUUAUUUUUUAAGAGAUUUGUGUAAUGAAGGAAAAAUUGAAUUGAAGUACUGUCCAGGUGAGGAGCAGCUUGCUGACAUAUUUACAAAGUCUCUCAAGCUACAUUCUUUCCUGAAUUUGAUAAAUCUGAUGGGUGUUUGCAGCAGAAAAGAUGCAAAACUUUAA